AAGGUCAUGGAAUCGUUACAAAUUAUCAUUAUUUUUUAUAUUGAGGCUUAUUCAGAGGAAAAAAAAUUGAUCUUUCCCCCUAGUGAAGAGCACCAUUGAAUUAAUGAAUUUUGGCCUUCUUAAAGAUCCAAUCUUUGUCGUGUUUUUAGUGUCAAAUUGUUGUACAAGCAUUGCUUUUUAUAUUCCAAUUUUUUGCAUUCCACAACAUUUGGAAGAAAUGGGAAUGAAGUCAGCAGGUUCAACAAUAUUGUUGAUCUAUGGAAUUGUCAAUACUUUGGGUCGAAUCAUCGUCGGUUACAUAUCUGACAAACCAUUUGUGAACCGACUUUGGGUGUUCAAUUUCAGCCUCGUGAUCUGCGGUAUUGGAAGUGCGGGUGUCGUGGCUUGCAAUCAAUUUUCAGAGUUUGCUAUUUGUUUAUCAGUGUAUGGAAUAACAAUCAGUGCGUAUGUUACAUUACGUAGUGUGAUUCUGUGCGAUUUGUUUGGAUUGAAGAGACUCGAAAGUGCCUUCGGGUUGUUGCUGUUAUUCGAAGGCAUAGCAACGUUUGUGGGUCAUCCUAUAGCCGGCCUUCUUCACAAUAAAUACGGUUCAUAUAAUCCUGCAUUUUGGUUUGCUGGUGCCAUGAUCGCCUUUAGUGGUUUGAUUUUAUUUGCAUUGCCACAAUUGCAAAAGUACAUUGAGAAGCGGCAAUUACGAUGUGGAGUUGAUCACAUAGAAAAUGUUAUAGCGACAUAAUUAAGUAUUUAUUGUAUUUUGCUGUGGAU